AGAUUAUGCCGCUCGUUUUCAUUGGGAUUAUUUUGAACCGCAGCACACUGCUAGAAUUUAGUCAAAUCUUUUACGUUUUUUUUAACUAAGGUAUAAAAUGGAACAGAUCUUGAACAAGGAAAACACUGGCAUUCAAUUGCCGGCGAAUCCCAUAAAAAAUGGAGUCCCUAGUAAUUCUGUAAUAAAAAAACCACUGGGAAAACUUGACAAUGUGAUGCACCAAACUCCUGGCAUAACCCCAUUUAAAAGCAGUUCCUUGAAACUCGAGGGCAGUAUCGCCAAGUUGUCGAUUCGUAAGGCUCCUUAUCCUAAACAAAAUGUGAUAAGCAAGGACCGAGAAGAGAUUAGUUUUAAAUCAACGAGCUGCUAUUUGGGCUCCUACAUGUUGAAGUGCGAAGCCAAAGUCAUUAAUUUGUUUGACUAUACGGACUUUCCAAACGAGCAAUGUUUGAAGAAGUGCAGCAAGCCAAUCACGGAAACCUGGUCGGAGAAUCAGCCUGGAUACGAAGCACUGUUCGAUCAACUUUAUUGUGACCUUCGCACAUUAGAAAAUCAUUUAGAAAACGUGUGCCUACCCCCUCUCGAUUCCGAGUUUGAUGAUCUUCCAUACACAUAUGACAUAGAAAAUUUCGAAAUUGCAGAGGAUGAAUACGUUCUAAAUUUAUUUCCACCCUUGCCCAUCUUGGAAAACAUUGAUAUUCUGUUUUAAGUAAUUGUUUUAUAAUUCGUGUUGUUUCUUAGUUUAGCUUAGGGUAUACCUUUGUAAUACAUUAUUUAUAAUACUGUAAGAAAAACGAUUUAGCUAGAUGAUCAACUGACCAAAUUCUUAACGAAAAUAUGAUGUUUAAAUGAAACUGCGCUGUAACGGACAGUUAUGCAAAUUUGGGCCUAUUAGAGAGAUUUUCAAACUUGAUCAAACAGAUCCAAAUGUAUGCCAAAACUAUAAUGCAAA